AUGAUCCAAAAUAAAACUAUUACCUUUGCGACACUUAAUGUUCAAGGAAUUAACGAUGAACAAAAAUGUCAGAUUAUACUAUCACAUUUGUCCAGUAAUCCCAAAUUUGAUCUAAUUCUCCUUCAGGAAACCAAUUUAAGAAAACAGAAUAUCGAUUAUAUAAAGGAAAAACCAUUAUGGGAAUACGAAUCGGAAUGGACAUCAAAAACUGCAAUAUUAGCUGGCAAGAAGAAUAUCAUUUUUGAAAAUUUUGAAGAAAUUGAAUACGGAUGUAGAACUAGCUUCAAGUACAAUAAUUGGACUUUCCAAGUAACUAACAUAUGCGUCCCUUCUAACCUUGCUAAUAGAAAGGAUUUUUUAAAUAAAUGGACCCCAUCUAAACGAGAUGAUGUUGUCAAUAUCAUAGUCGGCAACUUUAACUUAGUCACCCUUAGUCCCACCAGAAAGAAAUUUAAUCAAACAAUGUCAAAAUUUUCAAAUACUGAAGAUAUGGUAGGAAAGAGUUCAUUCCAUUAUUUUUAUUCGGAUGAGCAUACCAACCAAACAAAAAGGGAUUAUAUUUUUAUUGAUACCGACAAUGCUCAAUUUUGUCGAAAGACGGAAUCUCACUUCAACUUAUUUGACCAACCGCUAGUAGAAUGUACUCUCGAAUUGUCGACUUGGAGAUUGAAUGAACAAUUACUUGAAGUUUCCAGUAUUAAGAAAGAAAUUCAACAAAAGCUAACCAGCAUAAGUAAAGUUACAGCUUCGGAGUGGAAUAAAAUUAAGAUAAACUCGAUUCUUAAUAAAUUAUUAUCAGAUCUCGAUGCUGAUUUAACUCACUUGAACCCUGAAAUAAGGGAAGAAUUAAUUAAAGAUGGAUGGAUAAAAGGCAAUGAAAGAUCAACCUUAAAAAUACAUGAUAAAUACCCUGAGUUCGAAGAAAAUCAAACAAAUAGAAUCUUGGGAUUCUAUGUUGAUAAAAAAGGACAAAAUGCAAAGGAUUUAUGGCAAAAAAAAAUUAAGGAUAUUGAAGAAGCUAUACAUAAAGUAGAUAAAAUAAACAAUAGUACAAACAAAAAUAAACUUUCAUCUGAAGGUAGAAAACAAAUUGUAAGGACUUUCUUGUCAAAAAUUUGGCAUGCAUCUUAUCUUCAACCUCCCACUGAAAGAGAAAUUAAAACAUUAAGUAACAUUAUAGCACAAUGGAUUAAUGAUAGAUGCUUGUCGAGAAAUGAUUUAUUUAAUCAGCUUAAAGACAUGCUUGAUGCAAGAUUAGGAAUAAUUUGGAUAAAACUACUAUCCAGUGACUGUUUGUGGGCAAAAGAAGAGAGGAAAUCUAUUGAAAGAAUUUUAUUUCAAAAAAUAUCCAUAUCAGCGGCAAUUAAUUCUCAACGAAUCAAUUCUGAUGUAUGGCCUUCAAAAUGGAGACCGUAUUUUAUAGCUUGGAAAAGAUUAAAUGGGAAAGUUCCAUUAGACGGUUCUUGGCCGUGGAAUCAAAAUUUAAUCGAGAUAGCAGGCAUCAAAGCAGAUGAAUAUUCAGUAAUGUUUGCAGUCGAAUAUUUAGAAAAAAUUCGAAAACGUUCACGACUUUCCAAACGUCCCAAUUGUAGAAAUUUUAAUUAA